GGGUCCAUAGAGAGGCACUGCUCCUUCUGAGAGUGCCUGGGGGGUGGGAGGGGGGAAGGGGGUUAGGUGGGGUUAUAGCAAGUUAGAAAUAAGGAAAAGUAUUAACGGCAACAUCCAUAGUAGUGUAAAAACUUUCACAAUGAAAUCUGAAGCCAAGGAUGGAGAAGAGGAGAGUCUACAAACUGCUUUCAAGAAAUUAAGAGUGGAUGCAUCAGGGUCCAUAGCAUCUCUGUCUGUCGGAGAAGGCACGAACGUCAGAGCAUCCGUCAGAACAGUAGCAGAUGAUACCAAACCGAAAACCUCAUGUGCAUCUAAAGACAGUUGGCAUGCGUCUACAAGGAAGUCUUCACGAGGAGCAGUGAGAACCCAGCGUCGUCGACGUUCUAAGUCUCCUGUCCUUCAUCCUCCAAAGUUUAUACAUUGCAGUACAAUAGCUUCUUCUUCCAGCAGCCAGCUCAAGCACAAAAGCCAGACUGACUCCCCUGAUAGCAGCAGUGGGCUGGGAAUUUCCACCCCUAAAGAGUUCACUGCAGGAGAAUGCUCUACUUCUCUCGAUACUAAUCACACAGGGGCAGUCGUUGAGCCUUUGAGAACUUCGGUUCCCAGGCUCCCAUCAGAGAGUAAGAAGGAAGACUCCUCUGAUGCUACAGUCUCCCAAGCAAGUCUCAAGGCCAAUGAUCUCUCUGACUUUCAAUCCGUUUCCAAGCUAAACCAGGGCAAGCCAUGUGCAUGCAUAGGCAAGGAGUGCCAGUGUAAGAGAUGGCAUGAUAUGGAAGUGUAUUCCUUUUCAGGCCUGCAGAGUGUCCCUCCCUUGGCCCCAGAAAGAAGAUCCAUGCUUGAGGACUACUCUCAGUCGCUCCACACCAGAACUCUGUCUGGCUCUCCCCGCUCCUGUUCUGAGCAAGCUCGAGUCUAUGUGGAUGAUGUGACCAUUGAGGACCUGUCAGGCUACAUGGAAUAUUACUUGUAUAUUCCCAAGAAAAUGUCCCACAUGGCAGAAAUGAUGUACACCUGAUAGCAAGAAGCUAAGUCCUAUGCUUUAAACCAAUGAAGGGUUGUCAGAGAGAUUUAGUUAAUGGCAGACCUUGCGGCCACGUUAUGUGAGAAGACGUCUCCUUCUGCUCACUGUGCUUGCAAUAAAAACUUUUCUUGGCAUCUCCAUUCAUCUUCAUUCUUUAAACUUAACUCUCUGCAUUCUUACAUCCGCACCAAGGUGAGCAGAUCAAAGGAAAAUCCCUCUUCUUUAGAAAAGUUUCUGGGAGAUGAAGAAACCAUAAUUACUUGACUGGUAGCGAUGGGUAUAUGGUAAAAGGCUACAAGUAAAGCAUUGCAUUUUUCAGCUCUGUUUAAGAUUUGUCAGCCCAGGAAAAUGAAACGUUUUGUAACUGGACUGAACAUUCGUCACGCUGUAGUUGCCAGCCCAGAAUUUUAGAAGUUCUAUGACUGAUUUAAACUGUCUCUGAUUUAACACAAGUUUAUUGUGUCUUUCAGGGUUCUUUAUGUCAUUGUUAAGCCAGAGAUCUAAGGUUUACAUUCAAUAUGAAUAAACUAGCUGGCCUGCCCUGUAUUGUUUGAGAGAAUCAUUAACCGUCACCAAAUAAACCCCGGCCGGCACUUGGUACAUGAAGGCACGUUAUGUGAAGUUUUUCAGGUAAGAAGCAGCUUGGAGCGGCUGCUUCAGUUGGCACGAGGGGGCGUAGUAUUUAAAACCAGCGUGCAUCUUCUACAUCGAUGGCAUUUUAACAUCUGUGACAUGUUUCAGUCACUUGUAAUGUAGAUCUCAUACCUCAGUUUCAAAUGUUCCGGAUGGAUAUUAUCUCUCUCCACUGCCCUCGUACCCCAGCCAACCCAAAACAAUUUGAUAGACGCGCUAUCUUGUGUUUCUGGUUGGCCAUCCCAAAAUUCCCGCCAGAGUUCAGUAGAGAAAAAAAGAAAAAAAAAACUCGGUUUCAGCUAGAGGAUGAAUCCCUGUCUUUUUCAGAUGGCUCCAAUGUGAAUUUUACGCAUACCACAUAACAUACUGUAAUUCAGACCAUCAUCCUAAGCAUUCCCAUCAAAUUCAGUGAAAACCUGUCCAGCCAUUUUAACAUCAUGUUAACAGAGAGUUUGUUUAAGUUUUAUUUAUGUUACAAAACAAGUUUUAUUCUUUACUAAAACAUCCCACUGAGUGGAGUUGGUUCAUGACAGUGGGUGGGGCCUGGGCUUCACACAUAACAUGAUUUGCACUUGGGAGGGAUGGGAAGGGUAUUCCCCGGAAAAGCCCUAAACAUAAGCUGUGGGAGAUCUGUGCUAGUUACUAGUUUGGUGUGGAUUUAGUGACAUCUGAAGGCUUUGGUUUAGCAAGGGAGCACAGUACCUUGCCAUCACGGGCCUGGAAGCAGAAAUUUCUUAAUGCUAGCAGAAGGAAUGUUACUGCAUAUACCUAAAGCAACGGUUG